UUCCAACGUGCAUUACGCAAGAGUCGAGAACCGCACGUCAUCUACGUGUUACGUAAUGACGUCGAUGUUGUGGGGCUCCUGGAUUUAAAAGUCGAUUGCACGUUAUUCUUUCUACUGCUAGAUGAACUGGGAUAAUCAGCUGAGCUCUAUCCUGUCAGCUGCAGAUGACAGCGUGGCCAAGAUGCGGGAAAGACUGACUUCACCAGGGAAAUUCUCCAAAGGAAGUCCAGAUCUGUUUCCGGUGAGGGAAGGGCGUUCUGACCCAGGUUUGGACCCCCUUACUCUUCCUCUCCUUCCCACCAGAGCAUCCAUGCUCCAACAGCCCUCCUCAUCUCUCCCCCCGGAGGUUCAAUGGGCAGACCUCACUGCCAUCCAGACUCAACUGCAGAUGCAGAGCCAGGCACUUGAGUCUCUCACCAAGAAGGUUCAAAGCGUCGAGAGGGAGAGAGAUUCUCAGCAACGCCGUAUUCGCCUACUGGAAGAGGAGAUCUGCAGCCUGCGGGAAGAGUCGAAGGAGAUGGAGAGAGCGAGGGCUGACAUGAGGAGGGAUCAGAGCCCAGGGACUGAGCGGAUGAUGGAGCAGUGGAGGAGAGAGAUCGGACGCGAGCUGAGCACUCUCCGGGGCCACAUCACCAGGGCUACGUCGCUAAGCAACCUGGAGGAGAGUUUCAGUUCAAAGCUCCAGGGCGAGGAGCUGCAGCACCUGCGAAGGGAGGUAGAUCAACUGAAGGCUCGCCUUAGGGGACAGGAGGAGGACAUGUUUGUCCAGCAGUCGGAGGUCCGAGAGGCCAGGCGACAAUACGAACGCAACUGCAAGACGCUGGAGCAGCUCACAGACACUAACAGAACGCAUGGUUUGGACCUGGCCAAGACCGAGACGCAGCACACACGCACGCAGCAAGAGGUCCGCCAGAUCAGAGUCAGCGUAUCAGACCUGAGAGAUGAGGUCAGCCGUCUUAUGCUCAGAGAAGAGCGACCCACACCUGCAAGGCCACAACACACAUCAGCUUCUUCGGCACCAGGUUCUCAGCUCCACAGCAGCCAUGGUCCGGAGCCCAGAGGUGAGCAGCCAGACUCUGACUCUGAGGACUUCAGCCCCACGCCUAGCCUGGCGGAGGUCAGCUCAGACGACCUGUCAUGGCUGGACGACCACGAACCAGCUCCUCGUCAGAAGAGAGUACCGUGCGUACGUCUCAGCACGCGGUCCAGACGAAGUGACAUAGCCGGCCCAAGCAGCGACCUGGGGGACGACGACAAUGAUGACGAUCUAGAUGAUGAUGACGUCCACCUAGGGCUGGGAUCGGACCUUAGCCUUGAUGACCUCUGACAUUUUUCAAAUGUCAGACUGAAAGAUAUGUUAGCUUUGUUUAAUUUGUUCCUACCAGAGGUCAGCUAUACUCAUUACUUUGGUAAAUGAUUAUGGUUAGCUUGUAAAAAAAAAGUAUGUAUUCUAAUGAUGAGACAUUUCGUUAAUUCCCAUUUGUAUGUCGUCAAGAAUCUGUUGUCCUGAAUGUAGGACAUGUUGAAUGUUGAAUUCUAAAACUUACGUUACGUGAUCUUGUGUUUCUGUAAAUAAUCCAUCAAAAGGUGUUAUUGAAUAAUAUUUGACCCAGCUAGCUUGCUAGUCACAAUAGCAGGGCCCUCCAUCAUUGGGCUGAGUCAGGUCUGGGUUGUCUGAAGUGGAUCCUGUCUGAGGAACACAAUCAGCAGUGCUUUGCUGAUAUGCAUCAGGAGAUGAAUGUGCUUUAACCAGCUGCACAUGUAGAGGAUGACUGUACUCUGGGAACAAAUAGCCCAAGGCAGCCGCCAUUUUGCAGAUGCAGUCAAUUGUUCUCCCUCAACAACUAUUUAGUUUAAUUCUGUCAUCGUCAUAUUUGAUUUGAUUUUAAUUGAGUGACCUGAUGUCACACCAAAUACACAUGUAUUAUGAUACGUUCAUCAAGUGUGUGUGUGUGUGUUCACUGUGUAUAUAUAUUUAUGUAUAUGUGUGUGUAUAUGUAUGUGUGUGUAUAUAUAUAUAUAUAUAUAUAUAUCCUGUAUGGAAUACGAUGUUUCAAGUUAGUGUUGAAUGAAUCCCAUGAGAAAUAGAUAUUUUUUACUUUUUUGCUUUUACUUUUUAUGGAAACACCAAGUUCAAGCUGGCCAGAAUGAUAUUUUCCCUCACAACAACAUUAAUUUAUAUUAUAUUAUCAUAUUGCUGACUCAUCAGUAAAGUAACCCUGCAGCUGAUGGUUGGAAUGAUACACAUCCUUCCUAGGUUAAGUCCCACCCUAGUAUUCUGUUUUGAUCCAAUCUCCCCGUUUGGGCGUCAUCCAAAGAUGAAUCAGCCCGCUUGUGUUUAUUUUGAGAGAGCAAUAUAUCUGAUUCAUUAGCAAAGAACAUUCAGUAAAAUCGAGGCAGGACAGACAUCAUUUACGGCAAUCCUUCAAAUAAGCAACAUUGUAAAAGAAACACAGUAUUUUGAUAUAAUAACGUGAGCUAGUAUUCCCUGCGUAGGAUUAAUACAGUACCAUCUAAUGAGUGGCUGUUGUAAAGAAAGGAGGCAUUUGUGUGUUAUUGUGGACUGAUACUGAUGAUGGCCUAAUGACCGGAUGAGUUGGGCUGUUCUCUUGCAAUUCAAUUGCAUCUAUCAACCAUUGAACUGUAAUAGAAUGACAAAUAAAGGAGCUUUUCGUGUCUGCUUAAACAAAUUAA